AUGCCCACACGCAUGCUCCCAAUCUGCACCGCUUGUGGCUCCCAGUUUGACGCUGAAGCCUUAUCACCGCCGGAACACUGCAAAAUCUGCGAUGAUCCGCGCCAAUUUGUCCCACCGUCCGGGCAAUCUUGGACCACACUGAGUGCGCUCAAGGAAAACCACGAGAACAAAUGGCAACAGGAUUCCGUCGAUGCUCGGGUAUGGUCCAUUUGGACAGAGCCGAAGUUCGCAAUUGGCCAACGAUGCUUUUUGCUCGAGACAGAAGCCGGGAAUGUACUCUGGGAUAUGAUCACCCUUCUCGAUGAUGAGACCAUCGAAUUCAUCAACGCCAAAGGCGGCAUAAAAGCCAUCGUGAUCUCUCAUCCACAUUAUUACACCACAUACGUAGAUUGGGCACAAGCUUUCAACUGUCCCGUCUACGUAUCGAAGGAUGACCAGGAAUGGCUCUGUCAGAAGCCUCCGACGCCGCAAACGCUGCGACUGAUCGAUGGUCCAGCCGCUGCCGGCGAAAAAGUGCUGGCUGGGGUGACCGCCAUCAAGACUGGUGGACAUUUCCCAGGCAGCUUAGUCCUGCAUUGGGGGAGGAAGCUGUUCAUCGCUGAUACUAUUGUAACGGUCCCUUCUGCAUAUACGCCCCAUCCGCGUCCGCCAGGUCAGACCAGCUACUCUUUCCAAUGGUCGGUCCCGAACAUGAUCCCUCUACCACCAUCCGAGAUACUGAAGAUCUGGCGGGCCAUUGAGCAUUUCGAAUUCGAUACGACACAUGGAGCGUUCGGCGGCAUGGAUGUAAGAGACAAGUAUUUGAAGAAGAGAUUGCUGGAAAGCAUGAAGAUCCAGACACGAGGCGAAGGGUGGGAGCAGCAUGAGAUUUUGGGUCAAGUGAUCUGA